CCUCGUUGUCCUCCUCUUCCCGACUCUUUUUCACUCCCUGUUCGUACCGACUGACUGUUGCAUCCAUGCGCGCCUCUGCUUCGUCGCUGCUGGCGGCUGCUGUCGCCCUGCAGGGCGCCCUCGCAAUGCCCACGCCCGACUCCCUCGGGCUGUCGGCGCGAUCCUCGUAUUCGCUCGAUGCCCGCGCUGUCUCGUCGUCGCUCAAGACGUGUCUCUCCAACUCGGGCGCCUCGCUCGCCUACGCCUCUUCGGGUGAUGCAUACACCAACGAGGCCAAGGCCGAGAACACAAACUACGCCUACAAGCCUGCCGUCAUCGCCCAGCCCUCGUCGGUGAAGCAGGUGGCAGCCGUGGUCAAGUGUGUCGCGGCCGAGGGGGGCAAGACGAAAAUCUCUCCCCGCGGCGGCGGCCACGGGUACGCUGCCUAUGCACUCGGAGGCGCAGACGGCUUCGUUGUCGUUGACUCAUCGAAGCUGAACACCCUCUCGCUCGACACGAACCAAAAAACCGUGACAGUGGGCAUGGGCAUGACGCUCGGUCCCCUCGCCAAGGCCAUUGGCGACCAGGGAUACGCACUCCCACACGGCACCUGCCCCACUGUGGGCACCGCUGGACACAGCCUGGGCGGUGGCUGGGGCUACAGCUCCCGCCGCUGGGGCUGGCUCAUGGAUCACCUCGUCUCACUCAACUACGUCGAUGCAAGCGGCACUGUCCAUCACUCCGUCUCGCAAUCCUCGACGGGCCAGGAUGCCGACGUGUGGUGGGCCAUGCGAGGUGGAGGUUCCAACAACUUUGGUAUCGUCACCUCGUUCACCUUUGCCCUGGAGACGGCCCCCGCAAAGGCCGUCAACUUUGUCACGACAUACAACAGCAAUGCCGACUGUGCACAGGCCCUCCUCGCACUCCAGGACCUCGGCCUCAAGCAGGCCAACGCCGGCGGUCUCCCCGCCGAGCUCGGCGGCGAACUCCUCAUCUUUGGCGAGAACAGCGGCCAGGACGGCGCCUGCACCUUCUCGGGCCAGUACCUGGGCACCAAGACCGAUUUCCAAAAGGCGAAAAAGGUCCUCAACGAUUACCUCAAGAACAAGGGCGUCACUGCGACCUCUGCCAAGGCCGAUGAAUUCGACAGCUGGGUCGACGCUCUGACAAACCUGAUGGGCGACCUGGACCAGCCCAAGGUCUACGAGUCCUACUACGCCCAGAGCGUCAUGGACGACGGCACGCCCGGCUACACCCUCGACAGCGCCAACAAGAUCAUCAAUGCCGUCCAGGCUGCCGUCGGCGUCGAGGGCACCGGCAACUCGGUCUCCUUUGACCUCAACGGCCCCGUGUCGGCGACCAACGGCGCCAUGCCCAACGGCGACGCCGCAUUCAGCCCACACCGCAACGCCCUCUUCUUCAGCCAGAUCUACUCGUACGGAUUCCCUGGCUUUGACAAGCCCGACAGCCAGAAGGCAGCCUAUGCCAAGAUUGACGCCAUCCAGAGUGCCAUUCGCGCUGCCAAGCCAGCGGGCGCCUGGACGUCGUACGUCAACUACAUCGACCCCCGGCUCAAGAACUUUGGCCAGGAGUACUACUCCUCGAGCCUCAACCGGCUCAAGUCGAUCAAGAAGAGCCUUGACCCACAGACGAUCUUUGACUUUCCUCAGGGACUCGCACACGCCUAGCCUCCUUUAAACGCCUUUGCCUACCCUCUUCGUCUUCUUCCUCUAUCCCCCUUUUACCUUACUUUACUGCAAAACUUUGUACAACUAUAAUAAAUAAUGCCUGCAAACAAUGAACGAUUCGUCGUAUCAGC